CCGUGUCAGUUAAAUUUAAGCUUGAGAUUGAGUUGUCGGCAACUUUUUGCACGUUUAACUGCUGCUAAUUUUCCUUCGGGACAGUUUGCCAGUCCCGAUCCUGUACUAAAUGCAAGGAAUCUGCAAAGGGAACCAAAUUCCGGCCACUUCCGACUCCGGUAUCCGUAGUUUCUUGAACGCUGCGUUGACCAGCGGUGAUCUGAGUGAUGUACAGUUCGCAGUUGGGCGUGAUUAUGGCAUUUCUAAGAUCUUCGCAGCGCACCGAAAUAUUCUUAGCAUGCGCAGUCCGGUUUUUCGGACGAUGUUCUAUGGAAGCUUACCGGAAAAAUGUGAUGGCGCCAUUGAUGUUCCCGAUGUUCAUCCGGAUGCCUUCGCAAAUAUGCUCAGCUGCUUAUACGCUGACAGCGUUCACCUCAACCACGAGAACGUUUUCCCAACGCUGUACUGCGCGGACAGGUACGACAUACCGCUGUUGACCGAACACUGCUCCCGCUUCAUCUUUGGUGACCUGAACGCCGGCAGUUGCCUAACGUAUCUGGAAAAUGCUGUUAAAUGGCGUGCAGACGAAUUCGUCGAUCCUUGCUUGAUGGUGGUAGAUGCUUACGGGGAAUCCAUUCUGCGCUUCAAACGAUUCAUCCAAAUAGAAAGGAAAAUGUUGGAGAUGAUUCUGCGGCGCAGUUCACUGCGGGCCUCUGAAAAUGCCAUCUACGUGGCAGUGGAAAAGUGGGCAACAGCGGCAUGCACCCGUAAUAACGAGGAACCAACUGCUGCUAACCGGCGGCGGAUACUGGGUGAGGUGUUGUUCCUCGUACGCUUUCCGCUAAUGAGCGAUACUGAGCUGCUAGAUGGACCCGCCACGAGUGGCCUACUACUGGAAGCAGAAUUGUUGGACAUUUACCGGCACAAACAUGCCACCAUGCAGCCGGAAAUUCCGUUUUUAGUGGAGCCAAGAAGCUGCCUGCCGCGCCAUUAUCCGGAUAAGGAACCUGAGCUUGAAGCUGAGUCACCGUUCUGCUUAAGGAAGAUCGUCAGGUCGUUCCACUCGUAGGCCAAUAAGCUACGGAAGCGCUCACGUUUGGUGCAACAAACGCCAGUGCGUCGUCUGCCGAUAUGGAGCUUGAUUGCGUUACGUCGUGGACAAGACGGUCAUUUUGGAUUUACUCUUGUUGGAGGCUUCGGUUCGCCGAGCGGAAAUUUGCCCAUUUCGGUGCAAGCCAUCGUUGACGGAUCAAACGCCCGCAUUGAUGGCCGACUGCAGCCGGGCGAUCGGAUUGUCGCGGUGAACGGUGAGAGCCUGGAAGCGGUCUCUCGUGAUCAGGCCAGGAGAAUUUUGCGCGAUGCCGGAAACCACGUAAUCUUGGAUAUCAUCCGCUGAAUAACCUGUGGAAUGCAUUGUCUGACAUCGGCUUCGUGGGCGUGUCAGAACUAGCGAAAAUUAAUUACUGGCUUAUGUCAUUAUCUGGACUAUGGAUAUUUUGCGAAAAAAUACACUUAUAUCAUUCAAAUAAAUGGCAAGAAUUUGUGUAGUACAUGUAUGAGCGCAUCGCAAAACAACAGUCUAUAUUACCUUCUGUGUUUAAAAUAAUUAUGAUUUUCUUCCUGACGACAUGACUCAUUUCUGCAACUGCAACACCUUUCCAAUCACACAGGCAUUGUCAGAUGGACUAUGGGAAUCAAGAGAUGUCGCUUUUCGUGGACCCAUUGGAAAUGCACGACUAGCUGUUCUCUUGAUUAUAAUUUUUAUAUAACGUUUUAAUGGUGAAUUUUUUGUCUUUAAAAACAGAGUGUGCGCCGUUUACAGCAGUGGACAAUGGAACAAAUUUGUAUGAUCCGUUGAAUGGAUCAUGCAUCCGCUGAAUCUUGAAUAUCAUUCGCUGAAUAGGUUGUUAACUUGUCUGAAUCGGCUUUGUGGGCAUGUCAGGCCUCCCAUCCAUGGGAAUUGAGUAACUAACUCUAAUAAAUUAA